GCCCUCUGAUCUGAACGGAAAUGCUCCGAUCACGCCGGGCCAGAUCCCCAACCCGGAAAGCCACGCACUUCCCUUUUCCGCACCAUCAUUCCGUCGACCGCCCCCGCUGACCUGUUCCCCAACACGCAAACUAGACGAGUGCAAGGCGGCUAGCGAGGGCCGACCGGCCGAGGGUGCUGGCUGCCGGCCGCUCGCUCCGCUUGCUUGGACGCUUGGCGUGGUGUGGCAGUGGUACUGGGUACCGGACGCCCGCGGCCGCACCAUAACGCACGCCACCUACUCGCUACUCCUUUACUCGGCGGUCGGCGCCGUAGCUGCCAGUUAACUACUCCGCCUACUAGUAGCGGCAGCGGCCACCGCGGCAGAGCUGGUGGGUGGUAAUGCCGCUGCGGCUGCGUGCGGUGGCACUGGCACAGCGCGGCCUGUCCCUGUCGCGAUGACGCGCCGCUCCCAGGCCACGCCCGCCGCUUCGGCGGCGCUGCCGCUUCUCCUGGCCCCGUUUCUUCUGCUUCUGCUGCUGCUGCAUUGCCAGUGCCACCGCGCCGGCGCGGCGACGGACGCGGAGCGGCGGGCGCUGCUGGACUUCAAGGCGGCGGUGACGGCGGACCCGCGGGGCGUGCUGGCGUCGUGGACGCCCGCGGGGGACCCCUGCGGCUUCGUCGGGGUCACCUGCGACGCGUCCACGGGCGCCGUGCAGCGCCUGCGCAUCCACGGCGCGGGGCUGGCGGGCACGCUCGCGCCCUCCCUCGCGCGCCUUCCCGCGCUCGAGUCCGUCUCGCUCUUCGGCAACGCCCUCGCGGGCGGCGUCCCGCCCGGCUUCCGCGCGCUCGCGCCCACGCUCCGCAAGCUCAACCUCAGCCGGAACGCGCUCGCCGGCGAGAUCCCGCCGUUCCUCGGCGCCUUCCCGUGGCUCCGCCUGCUCGACCUCUCCUACAACCACUUCGCCGGCGGGAUCCCCGCCGGGCUCUUCGACCCCUGCCUCCGCCUCCGCUACGUCUCGCUCGCGCACAACGACCUGACGGGCCCCGUCCCGCCCGGCAUUGCCAACUGCUCGCGCCUCGCCGGCUUCGACUUCUCCUACAACCGCCUCUCCGGCGAGCUCCCGGACCGGGUCUGCGCGCCGCCGGAGAUGAACUACAUCUCCGUCCGGAGCAACGCGCUCUCUGGGCAAAUAUCCAACAAGCUCACCUCCUGCGGCGGCAUUGACCUCUUCGACGUCGGCAGCAACAACUUCUCCGGAGCUGCGCCCUUUGCGCUCCUUGGCUCGGUAAACAUCACCUACUUCAAUGUCUCCUCCAACGCCUUUGAAGGCGAAAUCCCCAGCAUUGCGACCUGCGGCACCAAAUUCUCACGCUUGGACGCGUCCGGCAACCGGCUCACGGGGCCGGUGCCGGAGAGCGUCGUGAAUUGCCGCGGCCUGAGGUUUUUGGAUUUGGGGGCGAAUGCUCUUGGUGGAGCUGUACCUCCUGUGAUUGGGACUCUGCGGUCGCUCUCCUUCCUCCGGCUCGCGGGCAAUCCUGGCAUUUCCGGUUCGAUUCCACCUGAGCUUGGAGGGAUCGAGAUGCUUGUCACACUCGACCUCGCGGGCCUUGCUCUCACAGGAGAGAUUCCAGGGUCCCUCAGCCAGUGCCGAUUCUUGCUUGAACUGAAUCUGUCCGGCAACAAACUGCAAGGAGCUAUCCCAGACACACUCAACAACAUAACCUACCUCAAGGUGCUUGAUCUCCACAGGAACCAGCUUGAUGGGGGCAUUCCAGUCACACUUGGGCAGCUCACAAACCUUGUUCUUCUAGACCUCUCGGAGAAUCAACUGACUGGGGCAAUACCUCCACAGCUUGGGAACCUCUCUAACCUGACACAUUUCAACAUGUCCUUCAAUAACCUAUCUGGCAUGAUUCCUCCUGAGCCAGUCUUGCAGAAAUUUGAUUACACUGCCUACAUGGGCAACCAGUUUCUAUGUGGCUCUCCAUUGCCCAAUAACUGUGGGACCGGGAUGAAGCACCGCAAACGAGUGGGUGUGCCUGUCAUAAUCGCCAUUGUUGCUGCAGCCCUCAUACUUAUUGGAAUAUGCAUUGUUUGUGCUUUAAACAUCAAGGCUUAUACGCGUAAGAGCACAGAUGAGGACAUGAAGGAAGAGGAAGAGGUUCUUGUGUCUGAGAGUACUCCUCCAAUUGCAUCUCCAGGCUCAAAUGCCAUCAUCGGAAAAUUGGUGCUUUUCAGCAAGAGCUUGCCAUCAAGGUACGAAGAUUGGGAAACUGGAACUAAGGCGCUACUUGAUAAAGACUGUCUCAUUGGCGGUGGAUCAAUCGGUACGGUGUACAAGGCCACUUUUGAAAACGGCAUGUCCAUUGCUGUGAAGAAACUGGAGACACUAGGGAGCGUGAGAGGCCAGGAUGAGUUUGAGCAUGAGAUGAGCCAGCUUGGUAACCUCAGCCACCCCAAUCUGGUUGCUUUUCAGGGUUACUACUGGUCAUCCUCAAUGCAGUUGCUUCUGUCGGAAUUUGUGGCCAGCGGGAGCUUGUAUGACCACCUCCACGGUAGCCAUCCUCAUGCUUUCUCUGAGAGCAGCAGCAGAGGUGCUGGAGGUGAACUGUCUUGGGAACAGAGGUUCAACGUCGCACUUGGAGCGGCCCGUGCACUUGCUUACCUUCACCAUGAUUGCCGGCCACAGAUCCUGCACCUCAACAUCAAGUCCUCCAACAUUAUGUUAGAUGGGAAAUACGAAGCUAAGCUAUCUGACUAUGGAUUGGGGAAGCUGUUGCCGAUUCUAGGAAGCAUUGAAUUGAGUAGAAUUCACACCGCAAUUGGGUACAUUGCUCCGGAGCUGUCAUCUCCGACUUUGAGAUAUAGCGACAAGAGUGAUGUAUUUAGCUUUGGGGUGGUUUUGCUUGAGACCGUGACAGGGCGGAAACCGGUGGACAGCCCUGGGGUAGCUACAGCUGUGGUUCUGCGUGAUUAUGUAAGAGAGGUAUUGGAGGAUGGAACUGCAUCGGACUGCUUUGAUCGAAGCCUGAGGGGAAUUGUUGAAGCUGAAUUGGUUCAAGUGCUCAAAUUAGGUCUGGUAUGCACUUCCAAUACACCAUCAAGCCGGCCUAGCAUGGCAGAAGUGGUACAGUUCUUGGAGUCGGUUAGAAUUAGUUCUUGAUCUUCUGCUGUCAGAACAUAGUCACAGAUUAGGAUGUUAACAGGAAAAGUGUUUUCUGAUUUUUUUUUCAACAGAUGAAGGUCACAUUCUUUUUUUUUUAUUCUUUACUGUGGCGCAGCUUCAUUUGUAAAUUGUAUUUAGAUUUAUUGCUGAAUAAGUGAUUGUUUUGGUCAAGUUACCAAAUCCAUGUAUAUGGUUUUAUCCUUUUGGUUUUCGGUCUAUGUAAGGCCCUUUCUAAGUUGCAUUGAACCUAUGUAAAAAACUGCAAAUGCUAGAGCAGUUGCUGGGAUCUGAACACCAUUUUUUCUUCAUGGUCUGAGCUUAAAGAGGAGUUGGUACUGUCUAAUUGUAUUGCAGGCACAGCAAAGGAACAGUUGAACAAGAGCAGUGUGAUGCAGGAGCAGCUCAUCUAACCCACAAGUUCUAUCCUACAUAUAUCAGCAGUGCAGGCAAGAUCUGCAGCAGCACAACAAAAAUUCCAUCUCCAAAGUCCAAACCAAAUAUCUGAAAAAUGGAUGGGGAGCUUGAACUGCCCGAAUUCAACCCUCGGGAACGCGUCAAGCAGCAGAUUUCAGUCCCGUUUCUCUGGGAGGUGAAGCCCGGUGCCCCGAAGAGGGACUGGGUCAUCUCCCAGCCAGUGCCAGUAGCGUUUGCAUGCCCGUCCCCGGCCCCGACAAAGCUUGUUGUGAGCGUGCCAUUCCAGUGGGAAGAAAAGCCUGGGAAGCCUCUGCAGGAAGCAUCUCCCUUCCAUGUGCUGCCCCCGGAUCACGGUGCCUUUUCAGCAUCUUCCCGCUCGCUGAACCCGUUUGUGGUCGAGAGCGAGGAGGAAUACUCGCUUGGUUUUGAGCUGGAAGCAUUUGGUUUUCCAGACAGCAGCGACGCCUCUGGCGCUGCAGCGUGGGCAGAUGGCUCCUCCUCCGGCCGUCGUGACGGCUGGUUCUCGUUUUCAGAGUCGGAAGACUACAGCCACUCCAGUGGCGAUACUUCAGCACACGACAAGGAGUUCCAGUUUCCCCGGGCGCCUUCAGAGAAGAGCUGGGAGGUGGCCAAUGACGAGGACAAUCCAUGGAGCCCUCCGAGGAGCGCGGCCACGACGCUGGAGGAGCUUAUGGUGCUCAGCCGGAGACUGAGGUGCGGACAAGCUCUGCCGGUUGACGUCGGGAAGAAGAGACUGCCCUCCGUGGAGCUCAUGAAGAAGCUCUUCAUCGUGUGUUCUUAGCUGCACUGCACAUGGACGUGCCAAAAGGUACAGGCUGCAUGUGAGACCAUAAUAGAGGAAGCAUGGCAAAGUGGGGCGUUCGCAAGUAGAAAGCCUAGCUGUCGGGUGACUGGAGUUGUACCGUCAGAGUCGUCAAAAUGUUGGUCUUUUUUUUGUGUGUGAAAUGAAACGUUGUGCAGGAGAGAUACUCUGGAUUUUUGUUUGUACGACAAGUUUGAAAGAAAUGUUCCGUUGUUGUUGUUCCAUC